UGGUAUUCGCAUAUAAGCAUUAUAAUAAUAGUGGGUGUUUUCCUUUCUGUUGCAUGGUUGGUUACAGAGAAGGGCGGAUUCCUUUGAAAUAGUCACAAAAUCUGGGUUUCCCUCACAUGUUACACCAUAGCAACAUGGCGGAGAAAAGCAGCGUGCAGGGUGUUAGGAUGAACAGACAUUUGGAGACUCGAAAUGCAGAGAGACGUGUGUGGUUGAUGAAAUGCCCUACCCUUGUCUCCACAUUCUUCCAACAACCCAAUCACAAUGACUUUGUUUCUCCUGCACCUGUUGCCAAAGUCACCGUCGUUGUUGAUCCUCUCCUCCCCAACGAUGCCACUCAGGUCAAGGAAAGAGUUGCUGUAAUUAAUUUGCAUGCCAGUCCUCUUUGCUAUCAAUAUCUUUUUCCUUCCAAUUUUCAUACAUUGUUUGCAUGAUAACCAGUUUACCAUGGAAUUGGCUGGAACUUCAUCUGGAAACAUGCCCACUCACUACUCCAUGGACAUGUCGACAGAUUUUAUUCCAAUGUCUAUAUUUUCUGAGUCAGCUCAAGGAAGGCUUUCCGUGGAAGGAAAGAUAUACCACAAGUUUGACAUGAAGCCUCAUCAUGAAAACAUUGAGAACUAUGGAAAACUUUGCCGUGAACGGACUAAUAAGUACAUGACUAAAAGUAGACAGAUUCAGGUUAUUGACAAUGAUAAUGCCAAACAUAUGAGGCCUAUGCCUGGAUUUUUUGCAACUAAGGCUUCUGGAUCUGCAGAUAAGAAGAAGGUGCCAAGUAAGGGAUUAGAAAUGAAAAGAACAAGGAGGGACCGUGAUGAAAUAGAAGAAAUCAUGUUCAAACUCUUUGAGAGGCAACCAAAUUGGACACUGAAACAGUUGGUCAAUGAGACUGACCAACCUGAGCAAUUUAUGAAAGACAUGCUAAAACUUCUCUGCAUCUACAACAAUAAGGGCGCUCAUCAAGGGACUUACGAGCUGAAGCCAGAGUACAAGAGAUCAGAAGACAAGGCUGAUUCUUGAUUAUUUUAGCAUAAGCUUUCUGGUCAGAGGCCUUAGCCGUCAGCCAGAGGAACACACCAACUGUUCUUACUUGAAGAUACCAUUCUUUUGUGCAUAAAAUCAAGUUAAAAUAAAUUCCUGUGGUUGUUAAUAGUCUGUUUGCUUUAUCUUAUCAAUUCUCUUCUGCUUUUAGAUCCCUUAUCUGUUUAGCAAACUAGAAUAAUAGAAUGAUAGGAGAAAAGCAGACAGAAAUGAAGCAUAUAUUUUUGGGACAGGGAAGUAUCUGAAGAUCAUAAUGCAC